UCGUUCCCACCAUUCCAUUAGCACAGAGGUCUAGUGACCGCUAAGUUGAUUCUAAUGACAGGGGUAGUGUUGAAAUACUCUUUCAGUGAUGCUCACUUACCCAUCGCAUAAACAUUUCAGCUCCUGAGUUGGAGGGCGCAAUAUUGGGAACACUCAUUUGUGCAAUGAUUCAGAAAGAAAGCGUCAUAUCAUGGUUCAAAAGCCUCGAUGGAGAUGAUCGUAUCGACCUCAUGUGCAAUUUAUUAGACUGCUGCCUGCCGUGGGAAAUUCGAUUUUUAGGCACGUUUAUUGAAGCCCAGGUCCAGAGAGAUUACCCGGCGUUCCGACAACCCGAGAGUACGGCGAACAAUCCGUUUGAUCUGAGCUGCCUGACAUGUUUAUACGAUGUUCAUGUCCGUCGGAGGUUGUGUGUUUCGCUAGCGUUGCUGCAUUCAAGCAAUCGCCAAGCAGCUUCGGUGCUGUUUGGAAUUCUGAAUGACUUUCAGCCAUCGAGUCUGGGAGAAGAGGAAUUCUUCACUGAACUCUCGCUAUUGAUCACCAUGUCCGCUCACCACCCAGCGUUCUCAUUUCAUCAAAAACACACCUUGUCUGCAAAAUUAAAACAGCUCAAACAAUCGGCAAAUCAUACAUCAGAUUUAAGCGAGGUAAAAUUAACGUUUAAUUCAAUCAAUUUUUAUUACAGAAUUUUUAACCGUUUUAAAAAUAUUUUUUACAUUGAUAUUUGUCUACAUAAAGGUCACCUUCCAUUUGCUACAUGUUUUGAAAAUCUUUAAGAUACCUUCCGGCUCCCCAGAUAAUUAGCAUCGGGCCUUAGCAUUAUUUUACAAUUUACUCCUGAGGUAAUAGGUAGAUUUUGAUUGUUUCCUAAUUUUUUGUCGUUAGACUGUCUCCGAAGCAAGCAGUGGUUCUUCGACUUUUUCGUGUGACCAAGAUGCUUCAGCAAAGAAGGAUGCUCGAGAUGAUCUUUUGUUCGAAGAAAAACAAAAGAAAGAAUCUGUGGAAGAGAAAGCCACCGUAAAUGAAAUCCUUAAGGUUGAGAGUGCAAAUGUCGGCGAUUCUUCCCUGACCAAGGAUAACACUCUUAAAGGUAAUUAUUUACUUAGCUGAAUUGAAGACGAUCCGACGUUUACUAAAAAUUUACAUCCAAGCUAAUCCAAUUUAUUUCGACGUCUUUCUGUUCUAGUUUUUUUUUUUUUUUUUUUGCUAAUUUCUGAUCAUAACGACGUAGUGAUCAUUUGGUGAUUUCUCACGUUGAUUUUAUUUUCUAAUCACGAUCGUGGCGAAAAUCAAAACAUAUGCAAAUUAACAGCCGAUAAUAGUCUUCCUUUUUAAGUUUGACAUGUGACACUUUCUUCCUUCCUCUGUCAUUUAACCGUGGAACGGUUUUCAGACAAGAAUCGGUUUAUUUCAGCUGGUCGGCUCCAGGGGUCGUUCGAGAUGUUUCCAUUAACUGCCGAAGCUUAUUUCUCAGCAAAAAGGUACACAAAGAUGCUUUGAUAAGCCAUAUAAUUCGAUACGUAGAAGCUCGUGUUUUCAAAGAAUGGUAAACACGAAGUAAAAUUAUUCUGUAUCCAAUAACAUUUCAAUUCAUGAAAGCCGUUUGGUGUCCGUCAUUAUAUUAGCGUUCGGGGGAAGUUGUGUGGAAUUCUUCAUCCAAAGAACCUUAUGAAUUCAUUGUGAAUCAUUAAAAAAUCUCUCAUCUUCCAUGACACGUACAUUUUUUUGUUUUGGUGCUCUAUAUGUCAUCUAAAUUUUUCCCAACUCUUGCAUUAAUGUUGAAAGAGCUUUUUAGUUUGGGUAAAAUCAAUCUUUGGUUUCUUACCAAUAGAGCACAGCUCAUCCCACUGUGUUUUACCAUUGAUUAUCACUACUUUUAAUCAUAAAGGAAUGUCAUGACCUUCAUUACUACAUAAUUUUACACUCUCACUUAACCAAAAGUAACGUAUCUUUUGCCACUAAGCUGAAGUUAAUGAUGCCCUUGUUCAAGGAUUCAAACAGCAGGAAGUCUGUAGGGGAGUCUAUUUUGUAACACAUGUUAGUCAGCUUUCUACUGAGUGAGUACGCUACAGAUUAUUUUUAACUGAAAUUGACACUAACCGUAUGAUGUCAUGAUGUUUCCGUCACGGACUCUCAUAUGGUUUCAAACAUUCCCUGCACAACCUUUUGGUGACAUAAAAUCACAUGGUAUUACUGGGUUAUAUAUAGAGAACUUUGUGAAUGGAUGUUGCAAAGGAAAGAUGGAUCAGUAUAGUUUUUUGGUGAAGCAGAAAUCUGCAAUGAUAUUUAGUACAGAAGUCUUGUCUGGGAUAUGAUCAAGGUAUGACGAUUGCCAUAUGACAACUGCCGUUGUUUUCAUUAACAACAUGUCACCUUUGAUUUAAUUUUGUUGAAAAUAAUCAGACUUAUCUGGAUGUCCCAGCGCCCGAGAUUAACCAGUGUAGUUAUAAAGUUCUUAAAAAUAUUUCUUAACUUAUCCAUUGAAUCAUACAGGACUGUUGUCAAGCCUCUGUAGAAAGUUGUCAUCAAACAAUGGAUUUCAUAAUUGGCAUCCUGUAAAAAGAUAAAGCAGAAACACUGUUGGUACAGAACUUGAAAUUAGGAAAUUCAUGAUGGAUAGUUUCUGUCAAAGCUAUUAUUAUUGUCAUUUGAUGGGCCCCAUUUUUUUUUUUUCACAGUCAUAUUAGUGUGAUGAAUGUAAAUAUAAUUUUCAUGUUAUUUUAUUCUUAACAAUGUUUGAUCAGAGGUUGCAGUGUCCUAGCGUAUAUUGUGAAAACAUUUUUGUAUGAGAGAUUUUCUUAAGAUGUUAAAAAGAAAGGCAGUGUGUGUGGUCUACGUUAUCUAACACCUGUCUUUCAGUAAUAACUUACUUGAUCUUAAGUUUGAUAGCAAUGAAGUGCUUGGAAGAAAAACAAAGAACUUAAUAACAAGUAGAUAAAUAGCUAAUGAAAUACGAGGCCAAUUUAUUUGAAAUGUCUUGAUGUUGACAAAUGGAAUUCCUACUGGGAGAGAAUAACAAUUGACUAGUCAAAAAUCAACAGUUCAUUUAAAAAUUAUCAUUUGAAUUAGUUACUUGUUUCCACUAUUUUUCUGUGAAGGGAAAAAUUCUUUUAAAUAUUAUUCAAAAUACAAUAAUUCCAUCACUUUUGCAAACUCUUUGUAUUUGAAACAGUUGUCCAUCCAAAAUAAAGAAAGAAUGCAUGGGAACCAUCUUAGUGGAACACAAGGAACCAUUCUGACAAAAAUUAUACUUAGGUAGUCCAAUUUUUAUGCAGGAUUUUCCUUUAUUACAAAAUAUUUCUUGUUGUUAUCAUCAACACAAUUUGUUUAGGUACUUGUUGAAUUACUGUCGAGGCUUUAUUUCAGAAAAUAUUUCCUUUUAAUGAAUUAAUUCCCUUAGCAAACAUGAUUUCAGUGUUUUUGUUUUCUUUCUCAGAACUUCCAGUCUUUGUGAAAGAGAUUAAAGUGCAAGGUGUGCAAGCUGUGGAGAAAAAGAGGGAAAAAAGAUCAAAACAUGAUCCAAGAAAGCGUGACGAUCAUUGUUAUGUCUUACAGGUAAUUAAUGACAAAAGUUGUAGAUAUAGGGUUUUGUUAAAAAAAGAAGGUUCAACAAUCAAUAAUUACUUAGACACUAGUAGUGUACAGAUUUCAGCUGAGAUGUGAAGCUGUGUAACUUCUUAUAAGAAAAAUUAUAGAAGAACUUAUUUAAGUAAUCAUUGGAUUAUACAUUAGAAACCUCUUUUGAUGUGUUAUUGAUUAAUAUUCUACUUUAAUUGUGCAAUAAAGAUGUCAUUGAAUUGAAAGAAAUCUAUAAAUGUAAUCAUAGGAAGAUGGAAAAAUGCUAAAGGGGACUAAGUAUAAAUGGGUUGAGAAGAUUAACCUCUUCAUGACAGAGACACUUAACCCUUUACAUCCCAAAAUCAGUAUACAUAUUCUCCAUACUGCUCUUUAUAUAUAUCCUAAGGUGCUGAAAAAGAGAAUUUGUUUACCAAUCAAAAGCUUCUUUUGUUGGUGAUCAUUUCCUUUAUUCUCAUAACCUUAACAUGUGAUUUAGGGGUGAUACUGUAGGGAGAAAUUUGAUACUAGUCACUCUUGGGGUCACUCUUAUUCUCAUAACCUUAACAUGUGAUUCAGGGGUGGUACUGUAGGGAGAAAUUUGAUACUAGUCACUCUUGGGGUCAUUCUUUUAUUCUCAUAACCUUAACAUGUGAUUCAGGGGUGAUACUGUAGGGAGAAAUUUGAUACUAGUCACUCUUGGGGUCAUUCUUUUAUUCUCAUAACCUUAACAUGUGAUUCAGGGGUGGUACUGUAGGGAGAAAUUUGAUACUAGUCACUCUUGGGGUCAUUCUUUUAUUCUCAUAACCUUAAUGUGUGAUUCAGGGGUGAUAUUGUAGGGAGAAAUUUGAUACUAGUCACUCUUGGGGUUUAAAAGGUUCUAAGAGAGGAUUUAAGGUGUACUUGUUUUCAAGAUGAGCUAACUGUGAAGACCAUUGAAACUAAUAUUUAUUGACUUCUAUUAACACUGAAAGUAAUUGCAUGACAUUGCCCAAACAUAUAUAAAAGGUAAUAGGUGACAACUUGAUGCAGAGUCAAUCCAUUUAAAAUGUACAAUUUUUAAAAAUGGUAUUAGAGUUGAAAAUGGCACGACAAAAACCAAUUAGCUUUUGAAAAGUUUUAUUUCUUAAUCAUAUUGGCUGAUAUUUUUUUGUAAAUAUUUGCUUAAUGAUAUACUGUAGUUAGUACCAGGGCAAUCUUAGCAUACAAAGGGUCUUCUAUUAACUUUGUCCUUCGUAGGUUUCUUGGUCAGACAAUACUACAGAAACUAUACACAGGACAUAUGAGGAGAUGUUUGACUUCCAAUGCAAGGUACAGAUAUAUGAUGAAAUCCCUUACAGACACAUGACAUAGAGCCAGGACAAUUGCACUUGUUGAGCUAAAAUCUUCCAUGCCAAGGGUCUCUUCAUUUAGGCUUGACAACCUGAUUGGCUUGGAAAUUUUUAUAAGCUUAUUUUAUUUUUAUGAAUCUUGGGAAUUCCAUGUUAAUUGUGGUGGGAUCUCCAAUCUCAGAAUUUAUAUGGGGAAAAGGUAGAGCUAAGGCAACAUUAGUAAUCUCAGUUACAAAAACAUGGGUUUUGUUUACUGAGGCAGCCCUCCGUUCCUUGUGUAUUGUGUUUCUGCUGGUUUGUGAGAGGGGGAACAGUUUUUAGUCAACUGCCACAUUUAUCUUGUGGUCUAAAUUUUUUUCAUGGUGUGAAAUUUUUUGAAAGUUGUCAUUGUUUCCUAAUUGUUGUAGUGCAAAAAAGUAAUUUUAGAAAAUUUAUGUUCAAUUGAUUUUAAAAAUAUUUAAACCAAGAAAGAAAGCAAGUCACACAUAUUUACAGCAGAUUGAUUUCAGACUAUGUUACAUUGUGGUCACAAUUGUUGAAAUAUUUUCCCCUUUGCCCACUCAAAGUUGGUAAUAGGAAAAUUGGACCACUUGAAAGAAUUAUUCCAACCUUGAGAGGGUGCAAUUUGUUUUAAGAAACUUUGUCCAGGGUUGUCUUCAGAGUGAAGUGGUGUUACUUUCAGCUGUCAACAACAGGGCAUUUAGAGGUCACAUUUUGAAGAUAAACAUGAACACAUGCCCUCAAGGCUCAUGAAACUACUGGUCUGCUCUGUUACUUUUAUACCAUAUUUUAUAACUCUUUAGUAAAUUGUUGUCAUGUGAAGGAAAAUUGACAUUUUACAUAAUGCUGAUCAAGUUUUCCCUGGAAACCAGAGAAAUGAAUAAUUCUCUGACAGAAUGUGACAACCUUUAGAAGAAAAAUAUUUUGAGGAAUGUGUGUCUGCACUCUGUCAUCUUUGCUUGAAAUUUGAGAUCAUUUUACUGUUGCUAAAACAUGCAAUAUAAUAAAACAGACAUGUUACUUUCUUUACAUGAUUACUUUCCUUAUCAGUGGUAAACCAUUUGUGAAUUUCAGGUUUGAAAAAGAAACUUUGAACAUAUAAACAAUUCUGCACCACUAUUAUUAUGACAUGUAGCCUUUGUACUUCCUCUUCAUCUUAUGUUAGUAUCACUGCCCAGGAGAUUUCACACAUUUUAUACCUUAACCCUUUCACUCCCAAGAUCUAAUUAGUAAUUCUCCUUACUAUCUGCCAUACAAUUCUUAUGAUGUUAGUUCAGAGAAUUUGGUAUUGGAUCAACUAAUAAUCCCAUGAUUGAUAUUCUUCUCUAUUCUCAUCACCUGCCUUCUUGAUAUUGUAUUGAUAUUGUAAGGAGAAAUUCUGUCUUGGUCACUUGUGGGAGUGAAAGGGUUAGAAGUUCCUUGCAGAAUUUCAUACCUUUUUAAAAUAUGGUGCCAGGGUAGUGAACAAAAAACAAUUGGUGCACAAAGUCUAUUACUCAAAGAACCACUUAGCAACCUAAUUUUAGGGAUAUUGGCCUUAACAAGCAGACACUUUUUCAUUAACCCUUUAACUCCUAAGAUCUCAUUAAUAAUUCUCCUGACUGUCUGCUAUAUAGUUCUUGUGAUGUUAGUUUGGAGAAAUUGGUAUUGGAUCAAGUUAUAAUCCCCAAUUGAUAUUUUUCUCUAUUCUCGUCACUUUUCUGCUUGAUAUUGUAUUGAUAUUGUAAGGAGAAAUUCUGUUUUGGUCACUCAUGGGAGUUAAAGGGUUAAUAUGUUUUGAUAGGCUCAUCUUGGUUUGACAUACCAAAAAAAUUCCCCAUAUUUGAUUGUAUAUUUCUGUUUUGAAAUCAAAAGCUGCGCAAAAUGUAUCCAAAUAAAGUUGAUGCAAGUGGCAAUCCUUGGAAGCUCCCUUUUUUACCUGGUGAGAGUUUUUUUAUUAAGUUAUUAAAUUUUCAAAAGAGUAUGAGAGUGUAAUUGAUAAGUGUUAUUUCAUUACUUUAAAUAUGCAUGAAUAUAUAGCAGAUGUUUGAUGUUUGGAAACAAUCAUUGUUGCAAUUCUGCCAACAUGCUGGGCACAAAAAUGCAAGUAGUACAUGUGUUGAUGUGUUCAUUAAGUUUUUAUGAGAUGAACAGGAAUCAUGCAGUGACCAGAGCAUUUACCUACAACUGCUGUGGUCUUGUCAGUUCAGUUCUCAAACAUGGCAUCACAUCAUGAUACUCAUCAUCCUCACUUUCUUGCUCCUUUUACUUUAUCAUUGAUUGAAAUUUUUUUGUAGGAAGAAUCAGAAUGUUUAACAAGCCAGAACCUAAAGGAGAAAAACUGCCCAUCCCUGAUAUUUCAGAAUAUACCAGGUUUGGUCUAGUUUUUUAUCUUUAGUAAUAUAUUUAUAACCACUAAUAUUCUGAGUUAUCAACUGUGACAGAAAAAGCCUGAUUCACCCAUUAAAAUCACACACAAAAAAUUUUCAGAACAAAAAGGAAUUAAGAAAAAAAAAGAAACAGAAUUUUGAUGAAAGUGUUGCACAAGAAAAAUAAAAAAAGAACUUGAUGAAAAACGAUUGGAAAGAAGAAAUAUGAAUUUAUAAUGAAUGAUGUCAAUAUGAUUUUUGGCAGCAACAAUAGUUAUUCUCAACUUAUAGAGAACAUUGAUUCUUUUCAUCCUUUAGGUUGUUUAGCAGUCUUCCUGAGUUUGUUCGAGGUUGUGAUCAUGUAGUAAAAUUUUUCCAAAGUGAAAAAAGAAUCAGGAGAAAAUCAGACAACAAAAAGAACAAGAGUGUAGCAAAAACAGAAGAACAAUCCAACUGUAAAAACAAGCAAAAUGAGUUUGAAUCACCUCAUAAAAUAGCUGAAGCUGUGCGGGAACAGUCACUUGGUAGAAAAGAUAAAGUCAAGAGUGCAGAUGUCACAAGCACAAAAAUAAAGAAAAAAACAAAUAGCGAGUCUUCUGCAGAGAAUGUUUCCAAGAACAAUGAUACUUGCAUUGUGGGGAGAGAAUCUCUUGUUGAAAUUGAUGAAAAUGGAAAUGAGGUUAAGUCCAUCCUUUGUGGUAAGUUGUGGAGGCCUGAUUUUUUAAUAUGUGACUGUCACAACUCUACAACAUUAUUGGACCAAAGCUCUUUAUUAUUUAAACAUAUACCUUAACUGGUGCUUGUUGUAAGUCUUACUCUUAGUUAAAAAGUUACGUAAUCAAAAUUCAUGUGUGAAAGGACUAAUUAUCACGAGAGUUUUAUUAACUCUUUACACCCUUACAUCAGUAUUCAUAUUCUCCAUACUGAUAUCUGUACAUUUACUAAGGUGCUGACAAGGAGAAUUUGUCUAACAAUCAAGAGUUUCUUUAGUUGUGAUCAUUUCCUUUAUUCUCAUGACAUUAAUGUGUGAUUCAGGAGUGAUAUUGUAAGAAGAAAUUAGAUGCUAAUCACUCUUAGGGGUUAUGAGGGGUUAAGGUAAAAUAGUGCAUUGUCAUGCAUUGAACUAUGACUGGUGAUGCAGUGGUGAACAAUUUCAGAAACCUCAAAGGAAAAGGAGGAAAGUGAAAAAUCUGUUUCCAGUGACCAACAUCACAAAAAUGGAAUUAUUAAGAUGGUGCCAAUACAAACAUUGUUGCCUUCAUCAUCAUCCUUUUCAACAUCAGGUAACAAUUUUAAUUUUCCUCUCUCUGUUUCAAAGGUAAAUAACUAUUACACAAUCCAUAUGGUCUCAUUUGAUUCAUUCCAUGAUACUCAUGAAAAUGUUUAUCAGAUACAAGUAACCAAAAUGAUUGUCAGAGGUGACUUGAAAUUACAAAAAUCCAGGCUUACUGACCAAUUAAUUACUUUAUUUAAAUCCCAGAUACUUUUUAGUAAUUUCCAUCAGCUGAGAUAUGAAUCAAGCCACAUUUGUGAUGGGAAGAAAAUUGAAGAGGGUUAUUUCUCCUGCAAAGGAAUAAAGUGGUGGUUGUGAUCUAAUGAGAACUGUGUUGGGCUUGAAAAUGUGGGGGAUGGGAUCUAGCUGGUGAACUGUCAGGGAAACUGAAUGGAUUUUAGGGUUCAAUUGACUGUGGGGAUACUUUUUUUUUUAAUGUUCAGAUUCAUUAAUGAUGUGUCAUUAUUGCUGAUCCAGUUAACAACAUCCAAGUAUACCUAAUGUGAUGGUGUUUUCUCUAUUCUCUUUGUUUAGGAUCUCUUUUGACAUCCACACAGGUAUCUCUGCCUGUAAAACAGCCAUUUCAAUCUGCUGUUCAGCCAAGUAACAGUAUGUUACACAUGUUAAAUACUAAUGGUUAUUCACUGCCUCCAUCCUUAACAUCGCUGCAAAUAACUCUACCAUCUUCACCCAUUGCAUCUUAUCCUUCACCUUCUCCAUCUCCAAUCACUUCACCUGUCAUGUCUCCUGCCAACUCACCAUCACUUUCACAACGAUCUUGUUCUGGAAACAUAAACUGGACUUUGAGGCAACACAGCCAGGGUGUGAAUGUUUGUGAUUGGCUCAGGAAUUUGAGACUUCACAAAUACUCGGAAGUGUUUAAAGGAAAGACCUUUAAUGAGGUGAAUUGUAGCUUAAAUUGUUUUGAAAAGUUUCAAGUAUUUCACUACAUUGAUAUUUUCAUAACAAAAUUUUAAGCAGGGCCAAACAUUUUAUGCUUACUAACUGAAAAAAUUGUUGUUGAAGUAAUUAAUAUGGUGUUUAGCUGACACUAUGUUCCUUUUGUAGAUGUUGCAAUUUUCUGAUAAAGAUUUUGAAAAACUUGGCUUAACAGCAGGAGCAAGAAAGAAGCUUCAAAUGAACCUGAAAGUUCUUCGGUAUGUCUCAUCAAAGUUUAGUAAAACUUUUGUUAGUAAUUGAUGUAAAAUUGUGCAGGUUCACACAGCUGUGCAGCCCUUGAUUAUUUAAAAUUAGUGCUGGGCUUAGUUUUUCCAGUUAAUGACUGUGAAGGAGUCCAUUUAAAAAUCUGACAAUCUUUUGUCCCUUCAAUCAUCUGACUCAUGCAUUCUUUCCAGCAGUUGCCAUAAUUAUUUGAUUGUGUAUCAAUCAACAAGAUAAUUUCCUGUCUUAUUCAAGAUAAAAUCCUCUUAUUGAUGAGUUUUCCCAUUCCCUUUGGCAUUUUCCUGAAUAAUGUACUGAAGAUGCAAGGAUAUAAAAGGCAUGUGUUAGUCAGUUCUGCAGGGUAAUAGGUUUUUAAGAAAAUAGAACAUAGAAGUGUAUUACAUUUUUAUUUUUAAUUAAUACUUUGAAAUAAGAUUUACACAGUGCCUGUAGUGAGUGGUUUUUUUUUUGGCACAGGACAAGAGGUUGCUUCACAUCAAAUGGUUUAACAUUGGUAGACAUUCUUCCUUCACCUUCAAGCUUUCCAGUGAACCUAGCUCAAAGUUACGGUUCAGACUGUGAGUUCCUACGAAGCGUCAGUGAAAGUGACAGUGCCAGUGACUGUGGAAGUGACAUAUUAUCUGAACCCGCAACCCAGGUUUGUGAAUUUUGUUCAGUUUUGUCACAGGUGGCCCAGUUUAAGUAUAACUUUAAGUUAACUGUCUUGUGCUUGAGAAAUUUGGAAAUUUUUACAGGUUGAUAAAAAUAAUAGUUAUAAUAAUAACAACUUUAUUUAAGGAAGGUAAUACACAACAGUAAUUCAACUGAUGAAGUACCAUAAUUAGAGUUAAAAUGUAGUCAAGGGUUAUAAAGCUGGUCAACAGGUCUAUAAAGAAUAUAUAAGCUAAAAACUAGAUAAAAUAAAAUAUGCUGCUUGAGUCAGGUUAAAUUGCAUUUGGACUGAAAUGUUCUACUUCAUCAUAGCUUGCUAGAAAAUGUCGGUGAAAGGCCUUUCUGAAAGAAGCAAUUGUUGUCACCUUUUUUUAGGUUAAUGGGUAGUUGGUUCCACAGCCUUGUUGUAGAUAUGCUAAAGGUCCUCCCUCAGUUUUGCGAUUUAAAUGAGGGCAGGUGAGAUUUAAUAUGUAGUAAGGUUGGGGGGGGGGGGACAAAACAAUUCCUCCUGCAAUUCCCUGUUACACCUGUUUCAAAAUUUUAACAGGUAAGUUAAGAAUUGCUGUUUUUUUCUAUCUUGGCAAAAUAGGCAAGUUUUCUGUCUAGUUGUGCACUUUGAUGGUGUAAAAGAAUUGUCAGUCCCUUUCUGUGAAUAAAUGAGGUAAAUUUUGUUUCCUAUUCUCCCAGACGUGCUCAAGUAUUUAUCCAAGGAAAUUUCCAGCCUUAAAUGGAUGCCAUGUGUCAUGCUACAACUGUGGAAGUCUUGGCCAUGUUGGUGGCCAGUGUAUGGCUCCAAACCUGGAUAAAAGAAUUCCCUCAAGUUAUGGUAUGUUUUACUCCCUGAUUAACAGCCUAGAGAUCAGCUUAUGAGUUCUCAUGUAAUUUAAAUAACUCAGUCACUUUUGUACAUUUGCUGCCAUAAGUCUUAAUUCCUUAGAUAUUACUGAAUAAAGAUGGCCAUUGAUUUGCUGAUUCUCAUAGUGGCUCUUUGAAUACAUUUUAUAUACACACUUUUAUUAUACUUUAUAGAAUAAAUAGUGUGUGUAUGUAGGAAAAAAAUAGCUCUUUUACAAUUAUGCAAGUUUAUAUCUGGUUUUAAACAGCACCACAGUCUAUACCAGUAUUUGCUAACUCUUUGAGCUCUUUCUAACAAUCCCCCUCUUCUCCAACAACUGUAAACAACAUCAGAUAAGUUUGUGUCAUAUGAAGGUAACAUUUGAAAGGGAUGAGUUUAUGGGUUCUGAUCAUAUGUUUGAAGGAUGCUGUAAUAAUAAUGUUAGCGCUGACAUGUUUUAGAAGACACAGGAUUGUGCUCUUGCAGUACCCAGGUGCCACAGGUCACUGACUUUUUGUUUGAGGGGAACCUGUGAAGUGUAGCUUUGAUAAAAGCUUUAAAGAGCUGGGUAUUUCACAUUAGUAUAACAAGAGCCAAUGAUUCUUCUAAGUACACAGCUAUGGAAGAGAAACAUACUGUGCAAUCCAUAUUCUUCAGGAGGCUAUUUGCUACCUUGACGAGUCAGCUUGUUUAUUAUGUUUGCAGGUAUCCAUUCAAGGUAUGAUGCACAACUAGAAUGUUGAUGACAGUUCAAACACACAAACAAAGGCAUUCAAUCAUUCUUACACUCAAACAAGAAGUUUUAUCAUCAAACAAGAAGAAAUAAAGUUCAUCAGAGGAGGAGGUCAUCAAAGGGCCAGGACACAACUUGUGAUUACAUAAUGUAUAUGUCAUAUUCAGUGUACUUAACUUUUGGAGCUAAAAUACUUGGAUUGUUUGGUGAGACAAGGAAGGAAGAAACUAUCAUGGGCACAGAGGUUGAGCAUUUAGGGUGGAAAAGAAGCAUAAACAUUUCCUAUGAAGAACCUGGAAAACAGUAGAAAAAGAUGGGAGUGUGCAUAGUCGUUAAUCUUUGGCACUACAUCAGUGGUGACAGGAGUUACUCUCCCUUAAUAAUCCAAUACAGCUAAUGUAUAGUUGGUCAAAACAGGCUAUAAUGCAGUUUUAUAGUCAAGAAAAAAAGACAAAAACAAGUAAAACACACACACACAUAGCAGGACUGUUCAGUCAAUGUUAAUAGCUGUGCACCUUUAACUACCAUCAAAUAGCUGAGGACUGCAACUUAAUAUUUAGCUGUGACAUUUAUUUAGAAACUGAAUUAAGGGUUACUGUAAACCAUAUGGUGAGAAGAGCAAUCACUAAAAUUGCAAUAAAUAGUUUUGUCAUAUUGAUACUAGAUGAAACAAAGCAGAGAGGUACUAAUUUAUUUUUCAAAGGAGAAUUAAGUAUUGACAAUUCUUGCUCUGCAAGUGCGACAUAACAUAGAGAUUUCAAAAAGUGAAAAUGAAUAUUAAGUCCAAAUAGAUCAAAAGUUAUUUUCUUAUACUAGAGAGUUGUCACAAUUAAUUAUUAUUUUCUAGAAGUACUUUUAAGACAUUGAAAAGGGGUAGAAACAUGAAUUAUUGCUCAGCUCUGUUAGCGCCAUGCAGAGAAGAGGUCUAACAGUAAAGUCCUAAUACAGCUGACAAUCUUGUUAGAUUAAUACUUAAUAUAUACCAGCUAGGAAUCUAAUGUCUCAGUGUAG